AUGAUGCAGACACCCGUCCUCAGUACGCGACCGCAACCUGCACGUCUCCAAGACGACAUUCUCUGCGAGCUGUUCCACAUCCUCGCUGAAGACGACGCUCCCGCUCGAGCCUUUGGACGUCCAGGCGAGCGAUACCAUAGGCCCGUAUCACUGGGGUGGUUACGAGUGACUCAUGUGUGUCGUCACUGGCGUAAAACGGGAUUGGAUAUGUCCAAAUUGUGGGCAGACAUCAUCUGCGUGUUUCCACGCGGGGCAGCUACCAUCGCCGAGAGGACAAAAACGCAGCUUCUCAAUCUGGACCUCGAUGCUUCUGUACAGGCGGACGAUGCUUGGGAUCUCAUACGGAGCCAUGAAUGGCUUCCCAGAGCCCACACUUUCGAAUAUCAGCCUUACCUCGACCGUUACACACCGUCACGCCAUGACUGGCCCGAGGUCCUCCUGCAAUAUAGGACACUCCCCCAACUUCAAAACCUCAGCCUUGCCCUUCGCGAGUUCUCGUACUCCACUCUCGAGCCGAAACCCGUCCUGGUCGCUCCGAAUCUGCGGCGUCUAACACUGGGUUAUCCCCUUGCGGUGGCGGCUCCCGCGUUGACGCAUUUUCUUUCGACGGGACCCCUUUGGCCUUAUAGGCUGUAUCUUGAUCUUUUUCGUCGCCAUCCUUCUCUCGAAGAAAUCACUAUCAACGGCGUUUACGGAGACGACCCGCGCAUGGAGGAGAUCAUGAGUGCGGCAUCUCAGACGUCGCUUCAGCUCAUGGUCGGGGAGCUUGAUGCGCUUUCGACCGUGCGCCUGUCUCAUCUCCGAAGCUUGAGGAUCCUCUGGCCUGGGCCAGAGGCGAUCAAUCUACUCCAUCACCUUGAUCUUCCUCUGGACUGUUCGUUUGUCACCGAACAUGUCCGGGAGCAGAGCUAUCUCGCUCCUCUGCUCUUGGCUGUCAAGGCAACAUUCCGCAGUCGACACGCAACUCUCACUCUCACUGACACGACGAUCAAUUAUGUGAAGACCAUUCAAAUAUCUAUGACGAAGGAUCAACCAUACCUUGACACUGCGUCAGAUCUCGAAGACUUCGACGACGGCGUUCUCAUGUGCGCCUCAUUGGCGAACAGUGACAUACCAGACGUACUGAGUAUCGUACCCGACCCUUCAUCCCUGUCAACCUUGGCUUUCCAUCACGAUUGCCAUCGCUGCAAAAGUGUUGAGUGCCUAGGAACCUUCGGAGGCGAUGUCGAUCCUUACGAGCUUGGGCUAUCCUUGAAGGAUUACACCAACGUCAACACUCUCCAUCUCGUUGAUCAAGGAGGGUAUACGGGCGUCUUCGCGUUCCUCACCGUCGAGGUUUCCCCAGGCAAUCUCGUGUUACCGGCUUUACGCACGCUUGUAAUCGAACUGGACUAUGUGUCUAGUACAAUCUGGUGGUCCUGCUUGCGCGAGAUUCUUCUUCGACGGACGGCCGUGGGAGGCCGGAUAGAGCGCCUCGUAGUGCGCGGAGAAUUUGCUUGCCAUGCAUAUGUUCUCAAGGAAGACAAAGAGGAGUACGCUAGGAUAACAAGUUGCGUGGAGGGAAAUCCGGACGACAUGAAUGCUGCAUGGCUGAAGCAGUGCGAGGUCACUUUGUUGCCCGAGAAGGAAUUGGUGGUCGAAGUCGUUGAUGAACGCGACUUGGACGCAUGUGAUUGCGCAACCGCGAUAUCGGAAGGGAGAUUCCCCGGGUACGGCGACUGGGAGGAGGAGGAUGAUACAGAUACUACGUUUACUAGCGAUUCUGAAUAG